UGGAAAUCUCGUUCGAACGAAGUGUUGUUACAGUACUGGAUAGUAACUUAAAAGUUUAUUGCAAUGUCGAUGCAGCAGUUCUGUUUGCGGUGGAACAAUCAUCAACCGAAUUUUAUUUCGGUCUUCUCAAAUUUGUUAAACAAUGAGACUUUGGUGGAUGUGACAUUGGCUGCCGAAGGCAGGCACCUUCAGGCACACAAAGUUGUACUGUCUGCAUGCAGUACAUACUUUCAGUCAUUGUUUACUGUAAACCCAUGCCAACAUCCAAUUGUCAUACUGAAGGAUGUAAAAUUUUCAGACUUGAAAAUCAUGGUUGACUUUAUGUAUUAUGGUGAAGUAAACAUAUCACAGGAUCAGUUACCAUCUAUUAUAAAGACUGCAGAGAGUUUAAAAAUAAAAGGACUUGCAGAAAUGCAUACUGCUUCUUUAACCAAGUGGCCAAGUGGUAGUAGUGAACCUGGAGGAGGAGACCGUGGGGAGUCCUGUUCACCUAGUCCAUCUCCAUUGUCACCAAAUUUUCGUAGAAAGAGAUUAAGGAAAUCAUCCACUGGGUCAACAUCUGGAUCUGGUGAUAAACCAGAAGAAAUGAAUGAAAUCACUUUAGUUGCCACCAAUAUUGUAAAACCAGAACCACUGAUAGUUUCACAAGAAGGCAGUGAAAACCUAAGAAGACCUGUUAAUACCAGUACAGAAUCUCAAGGAAGCAUUGAUGAGGAUCAAAUAUCAAUUAUGAGUAACAUGGAGAACAGUUCAGCAGCAACACCAGCACAAAGUGAUGGCUCUAUACAAGAUGUAAGUCAACAGUCAGGAGGAAAUGUGGCACAGAGUUCAGUUUCUUCACAACCACCUUCACAUCAAGGAUUGCAAUGGACUAUUAUGGAGCAUACAUAUCCACGUUUCGCUCUGUCCUCGUGUCAAACGAAUCUGUCGAUCCAAGCGUCAUCAGCUUUUACCACGCCCGAAAUAACAGCUUCUUCGACCAUCAGCGAUCAGUACUCCGGUACCAGCACGACUGGUUCUAGUUGCGCCCUGACGAAUUAUUCGAACUCCUCGCACGGGACGUUGCAACACGCUUCGUCGAGCGGCCCAUCACCUUCGACACAGUGCCCGAGUAACUGCCAGAGCCCGUGCGCCAGUCCGCAGACCGCAAUUAAGAGGAAACGAUCGACAAAUCCCCAAGCGGACGAGAAUUUUAUAAGGGCGUUAGAUGCCGUUAGAUACGGCGGCAUAGGGUUCUGUAAAGCGGCCAGGAUGUUCGGUGUGAAUAAUCGAACGCUUUGGUUGGAGUAUAAAAAGCGCGGUUACCCGAACAAUCGACCGAGUUUGAAAUCGAGGGUCAAGCAAGAAGUAAAUUCCUCGCCGCCGCCAGCGCCCUCGGCGCAGCCGGUCAAUUCGCAGAGUCCUACGCCGAUGGGCCCCCCCACCACUCCGCACAGUACACACAAUACCCACAGCACGCAUACCAUGCUGACCACUCAUAGUCCUCAUACGAUGUUAAGCGGUUACAUCGAUAGCAGGCAUACGGAUUACGCGUUGCCCAUAGUUUGCAAGCAGCUAGGUUCGAAGAGGUGUCGCCUGUUGAUGCGUCAGCCACGAGUGAAGAAGGAACCGAACCACUUGUCGCCAGACAGCGAGACAUCUUCACCCCACAUCGUCUCUUCCUCCAUCUACGUGACGACACCGUCGCUGAAUCUGCCACAGACGUCGAAAACCUGGGAGGAAACGAGAAUCGCGUCACCGCCGCAAUCGAUCCUUGUGAAUCAACCGAGUCUGUUGACGGUGACCACCUCGACGAACCUGUUGACCGUACCCCAGCCGUCCUACUUGAUGAAACAGCACUCUCACCCGUUGUUGUCUAGUCAGCAACACACCAGCGGCGGGAAUUAUUGGAUACACAGGCAACACUCGAACCCGGAGUUCCCCAGGAGAACCACCAGUCCGUCUAUCGUCGUGGAACCAGCGCCUGUCGUUAAAACAGAGGAGGAAAGUAUGGAGGAACCGAUACCAGCUACCACCAUGGACAUCGCAGGAUCUACUUCAGGGCUGAGGGUGAAAACAACGGAGCUUAGAAGGAGCUCCUCGUCUCCUCAAACGACGAGCAGGGAGUCUAGAGAAAGCACAGGUGGAGAUCUGCGACUUGGUCACUGUCCAGUGUUGCGUCCAGGUCCGGCAUUAGGCUGCAAUCACUGUUGGAACACUAUAGAUGCUCACGGGAGGACGCUUCGAAGGAAGACGAAGUAUCAUUGUCCAGAGUGUCAGGCUAAUCUUUGUAUCGUACCCUGUUUCCAAGAGUACCACGAGCAACGACGAGAGUUGAAGUUGAAGCCUCUACCGAAAACCAGCUCUGUCUAA